UUGCUGAUGCUUGGUAACUUCAGUUGUGAGCUAUUGAGUAGUGCAGACUGAUCACUGCAGUGGUAAGGAUUCCUGACAGCACCACAGAAGAGAAAACCUGAGAAACCAUUUAAUGAGUCAGAUACCAGGAAGUGGAACAACUGCUCAACGUCAAGAUCUGGUUCGUUGUACAACUUGUGGAAGAAGUUUUGCACAAGAUGUUCUGCUGAGACAUGAUCCGAUAUGCAGGAAAAUCUUCAACAAGAAGCGCAAGCCCUUCAACUCUUUGAAACAGAGACUGCAGGGAACAGAAAUCAUGACUGUGAAGAAGCAGCCCCCGCAAAAGAAACAGCCAGUGAAGAAAUCUAACUGGAGGCAGCACCAUGAGGAUCUUAUUCAUGCUAUUCGAUCAGCCAGGCAGGUCACAAAAGCUCUGAAGGAGGGCCGCCCUCUUCCACCUCCUCCUCCACCAAGCAUCAACCCAGACUAUAUUCAGUGUCCACAUUGCUCAAGAAGGUUUAAUGAGGCUGCAGCACAGAGACACAUAAAGUUUUGUGAAGAACAAGCUGCCCGCCGUGCCUUUGCUGCAAAAGCCACUGGACAGGCUUCGGGCAAGCAACCAGUGACUCAGAGAAAAACUCCAACACUGACGAGUGCUGUGUUCUCUCUUCAGAAGAGAAUACAAGAAGGUACCAAUACAGGCACACCUAGGCCAGAAAAGUCUGCAGGAGCAGUUCGGAAAACCAGAAAAUCGUUGGGUGUACCUCCUGGGAAAAAGGAAGGGUCUGGACCACAAAUGCACAACAGAAGAUAGAGUGGCUUGUCAGCCAAGAUGUGUUAAGGUUUUCUCCUGAAGCAUUAGAAGACCUUAAGCAACACAAUUUUCCAGCGUCUCCCACUCCAAGUGCUACAGCUAUCACAUUCAAUAAAAUAAGCAAACAGAAGUUCACUGUAGGCUUUUUUUUUCCUCCCCUUUCCCUCCCUAGGCUAUGAAGCUUACCAUGCUAUCCUUUUAAAAGUUGUGAGAUUAUUUGUCUAUCAGUUGCCAAAAUUUAAUUACCUGAUUACCUAUGAGGAGGUGAAUUUAAUUUAUGCAGUGGUUUCAAGAAAAGGUAGGGAGAUCCAAUAUUGUGAUUUUUUUUCCCCCCUAAUGCUUUGCUUUGAUAUAUUGAAUGAGACAAAUAAGCAUUCUGGCAUUUCAUGUGUAUAUUUAAUGGAAUUGCCCACUAAACAAUAAAUGAUAAAUGUUAGUGAUUGCUAAGUGAUAAACGGCUGUCUAUGUGCAUCAGCUUCAAAGCAGUUCAAGUUCAGACUAACUGAGCCCAAAUCUCAUUCUCACAUUAAAAACUUCAAUUGCUUUGCUAGAUAAGACAAAUGUCGUGGAGACAUAUGCCUUCUUAUUUUUUGGCCUUAUUUUUUGGCCUAUUACCAGCCUUAGAUCAUCUUUGCAUAAACUUCCAAUGUUGCAAUAUGUUGGGUUGUUUGGGUUUUUUUAAGCCAAACAGUUCCCAUAAGGCUUUCAAUUAAAAUCCCUAAGGAUUUUUUUUUUUGCAUGUUCAAUGUUUAUAAAGUAAAUAAAGGUGGACAAUAGUUGGACACAGCAAUAAUAAAUACCAGACUCUACAGAAUUUAAUUAAACUCUACUUAGACUCUAGCUAAUGAUGAUUAGAUACAGAAAGGAUAACACUAAAGCAAGUGUAACUCCUUACAGCUAGACUGCCCAGGAGGAAAGGAUGUGGGGAACUCCACACCAGAUCUAUAUUGUGCAAUGUUAUCACACUUGUUCUCUUUUUACACCUGAAUAAAUGAGCCCUCAAAAGUUAAAGCAAGUUUUACCAUGUUUAGGGUGUUCCCCCUCAUCAUGGGAUGCAUCCCUGCCCAUGGCAAGGGGGUUGGAACUAGAUGAUCUUUAAGGUCUCUUCCAACCCAAACUGUUCUAUGAUGCUAUGAUUCUAUGUUUGUAUGAUUCUAUGAUUGUUUCUAUGUGUAGAUCAUUUCCCCAUGCCUUACAGAAAAAAACUGGGAAUUAAGAGUAACACAUUGGUUAAGAAAACAGAAUCCCAACAGUUGGUAAAUAAAACUGAAGGAAAAAGACAUUAACAUGGUUUCUGAUAGGGGAUGGGAACUGAGCACUAGAAAUACCUGGUGUUUUUUACAUAGAGGAUGCAGCCUUUUCUUCCAUGUACUAUAAUUUUAGCUAUUUAACAUUAUUUCAGGUUUACAUGGCUUCCUUUUCUUUAUGGGUAAUUUUUUUUUUUUUAUGAAAGCAAAUAUGUACUAAGUGUCUCAGUUUUUAUGGUAUCAUUUGAUUAUAGUAAUACUGCUCCUUAGUCCUUUAGUCAGCAUGCGGAGCUCUGCUUCCACAGCUUUCCAAGCAGAGCUCACUUAAAAAGAGUACUUUUAUCUCUACUAUGAUGUGAGGUAAACAUCCUAAGAUCUCCCAGAGGGCCAGGAUUCAAAGUGGGUCAGGUCUCUAUUUUUUCCACCUCUUAGCCGUUAUGCCAUGGCCUAUCCUACCUUCCCCAGGCCACCUCUCUGCCCCUGCAUUCUCCUCUCCCAGUGGAGGAAGAACAGGCUGUUGCAGAGAAGAGGAAGUGCUGGCUGCUGGUAGGGCUGCCUUCUUCCUCCACUGUUCUCCACAGUGUUUGUGGGGCUGCCUCUCCCCACACCAGUGCUGUCACUGCCCUUCGUGAGCAAAAGGCAGUGCCAUCAGUGAUGUCCUGCAGCUCUUGCUAACCAUCUCCACUGCCACCGUCUGAAGUGAUGCCUGUCAGCCCCAUCCUCUUGGACACCACAGAAAGGUGAUAUUCACGGCUACACCAAACAGGCCUACUGAGCCUGAAGAAUUCGUUUAACCAGAAUCAAAGCAUUCAUGAGCUUCAGCUACGGAUGGCCUCUCAAAAAUGCUCGCACAAGUUACCCUAACAAAAGCUAUGAUAAAGUCCAGCCCUACACUAAGCAUUGGAUUACUCGGGAUAUCUCUUGAAUUGUAUUUUAAAACAAAACAAUUUUUCUGCAGACAUGACCUUUGCAAAUAGCUUGCCUUCCUUUGUGAUGGCACGUCAUCAGCUUCCUUUACAAUUAUGAUGUCAAGAAUGAGGAAAAAAAGUACUGAAUGCACUGAAGGGCAAACCCUGCAGUAUAAACAUUUAAUGUGUAUUUUACUUGUAGAUGCCAUCACAGUGUGCCUUUUUAAGUGUUUUAAUAUCAAACGUGGUUCUUUUCUUUUUACUUGAAUGAGACUCAGUCUUUAACCCAUAGUUAUGUAUGAAAAGCAUGCCUGGCCAAUGCAUUCUUCUGUGUUUCACAAGCAGCUGAGGUCAGGCAGCAGCACCCCUCUUGGCAGCUCAGAGCUCAGGCACCCUGCUACAGUCGAACAGUUCAAAGAACAUGGGCGCUCAUCUA